AUGGUUAACAAAAAUUCAAAAGUUUUGAAAAUAGACAAGCAACGGUGCUAUACAAAUUCCAAACCCAAAAUUUUAGGUAUCAAUGAUUUUAUCGAAAGAAAUAUAAAGAAAACAAUUAGAGUGGGGUCUGAUUAUCAGGCUGAUAUUCCGGAGCUGUUGUCACACACAAAAAACAAGUGUAACCAGCGACGAAAAUCAUUAUUAGUAUGGUUACCAACCAAAAACAUUGUAGAUGUUGAAUUAAAUGACUACAUAUAUUUUGCAAAAAAAAAACAUGGCUAUGAUAUUGAACAAUCUUUGGGUUUGCUCUUAUGGAAUAAUUACAACUUCGAUAAAUCUAUUCAAGAUUUACCAGUAUUUUCACAAGUUCUAAAUUGGUCGAUAAUUGACAAAAAUAAUUUUGAGGUCGCCUUCCAACAAUUUGGAAAAAACUUUUUAGAAAUUAAAAAAAUACUACCUGAUAAAUCGUUGAAAACUAUAAUUGGUUAUUAUUAUCUACGAAAAAAAAAGAAAAUUGCUUGGUAUGUUAUUGAAGUUCAUAAAUUGAAUAACCUAACCGAACCAUUUUGUGAAAAUAGAUUUGUCAAUGAACAAUCCAGUUCAGCUAUGUCUACGCUCAAUAAUAAGGAUCCACAACCACUAUGCCCAUUUUGUGGAUUUUCUUAUAUUAGCUUUCAUCAAACCCAAGAUGCAAUGUGUGAACAAUGUUUUACAUAUUUCAGUAAGAUCAAUGAACGUAAUAGACCAUAUUUAUAUCUACCAUGUCCAGACGAUAUUCAUUUGAAAUUUGCUCAUUUAUCACCACAAGAAAUGUUAGAUAAUCAAAAUUAUCUUCAGUCUAUUGCGUCUAUAUCGAAUGGUCAAGGAGAAACUGAUUUAUUAGCAAUAAACAAUGAGAUACAGUCCAACAAUCAAGCUAUAAUGACCAGAAGUUUAUACAAGAAGCUUAUAUUAGAUAAAACUGAUUAUAGAAACCGUGAACCCAUGAAGAAUUGCAUUUUUCCUUCUUGUACUAAUAAUAGAUGUUUGCGUGCAAUUCAAGAUACAUUUAAGGGAAGAUUAACCAUAAUAAGAACAAAUUUUAAGAAAUUAUGA